GUUGCCAUAUUUGCCGUCGGUACACCACGUGACUUCCUUUCCGGUCUAGCCCGACAACAUGGACGCCAGCCGCGUGCAGCCGAUCAAGCUUGCAAGAGUCACCAAGGUGCUCGGAAGAACUGGUUCCCAGGGACAAUGUACACAGGUCCGUGUUGAAUUCAUGGACGACAGCAACCGCUCCAUCAUCAGGAACGUGAAGGGCCCAGUCAGAGAAGGAGAUGUGCUGACACUUCUGGAAUCUGAAAGAGAAGCCAGGAGGCUGCGAUAGGUGAAGCUGAGGUGCCAAGCCAGCCGUGAGGAGCAGUGAGGGCCACAGUUUCACUCGCAGUGGACAAUGUGGCUCAUGUGCAGAUGUUUAAAAAUAAAGCUGAAUUUUGAGACGA